AUGCCUCAGCAAAAAGUACGCAAUCAUACAACUGUAGCAUGUAUAAGAUGUCGAAGAAAGCGAAAAAAAUGCAAUGUUCUUUCUGGAGAAAGUAAAUGUACAAACUGUAAUGAACUAAAUCAGCCUUGUAUUUUUAUACCGGGUAAUAAACGUGGUCGAAAGUCUACUGAUAAAGCACGCCAAAAUGCACUCAUUACCAAUCAUUUCCCCCCUUCCAUUCACGAUGAACGAAUGUCAAAUGAUGCUCAAAACAUCACAUCCUUCCCUAAUUCAUUUUCUGCUAACCAUACUACUGCUACUAAUAUUAACCCUUAUAAGACUACCGAAGCUAUCAAAACUACUGAAAAUUUCCAAAAUAUUCAACCUUCAUCAAAUUUUCAUGAUCAAAUAAUUCCAAAUAAUGAUCAGAAUAUGCCAUCCUUUUCGACUAACGAUUCAAAUGGUUCUUUCUAUCACGAAAUUCCACAUCCUUAUAUUAAUCCUUAUGAUGAGGCUACUGAAGCACCUCAAAACUGCAAGUUUGUAGCUAUUUGCCUGAAUCAUUUCCGGCAGUCGGACUGCGUUCAUUCCUUUCUUUCACGAUUAGCCGACUAG